AUGUUAUCUUCAUUAUUAAUUGGAAUAAUACUUUUUACAAUAACAUUUUGGACUAUAUUUGGAAAUAUCUUAGUUAUAGUUGCAUUUAUUAUUGAUAAACAAAUUCGACAAGGUGGAAUGUCAAAUUAUUUAAUUCUUAAUUUAGCUACUAGUGAUCUUUUAUUGGGUAUUGUUGUUUUACCAUUUUCAGCAUCAUAUUCAACAUUUCGAAUAUGGUAUUUUGGAAAAUUUCUUUGUGAAAUAUGGUUAGUUAUUGAUGUUUUAUGUUCAACAGCAUCUAUUUGGAGUCUUUUAAUGAUUGCAUUUGAUCGAUAUAUAGCAACAAAUUAUCCAAUGCAUUAUCAUCGUCAUCGUCAUUCAAUUUCAUUGGCAUUAACUAAUAUUUGUAUUGCAUGGUUUGUCUCAUUAGCUAUAUGUCUUUUACCAACAUUAUUUUUUGAAAAAAAAUCUUCAAUAUAUUCUUCAAUGAAUAAUAAAACAAUAUCAACAUCAAUAAAAUAUAAUGAAUCAACUCUACAAUGUGAAUUAUAUAAAGAUUCAAAUUUUGUUAUAACAAGUUCUUUACUUUCAUUUUUUAUUCCAUUAAUUAUAAUGAUAUUUUUAUAUGCAAAAGUUUUAUAUGCAAUAAGACAACAAUCAAUUUUUCGUUUUAUGACAAAUAGUAAAUUAAAAUUAAGUAUUGAAAAAUGUAAUGAUCAACAUUGUAUUGAAAAUUCAUUAUUAUAUCAAACAUCAGAAAAUAAUUUAACUCGUGAUGAAUUAUCAUCAUCGGAUCAACAACAAAUAGAACGUCGUGAGAUUACAUCUGAAGUUCGUAUAACACGUUCAUUAGCUAUUAUUAUUGGUUGUUUUGUAUGUUGUUGGUUACCAUUCUUUAUUUUAUAUAUUAUUCGAGCUGUUUGUCAUUGUUUAAGUUUUCAUGCAAUCGAAUUUUUCUUUUGGUUAGGUUAUUCAAAUUCAUCAAUUAAUCCUGUACUUUAUGCUAUAUUAAACAAAAACUUUCGUUCAGCAUUUAAAAACAUUUUUAUUUCAUUUAAAAAGUUCUUUUUUUUUGUAUGA